CUAGGUUGUACAAAUGGAUGGCAACAGGUAGGUAAGGUAAGAGCAAUAGGCAUGCAUCGGUGUGGUUCACUCACUCAUGCAUCCGCCAUCAUAGCGGCCGGCGGCAGCUCACACGACCCGUCGCUCUCGGUCUCCACCGUCUCCAACACGUCACCGUACUCAACAAACUCCUUGAUCUUUCUGCACACGCGCACACACAUGUAUCACCUCUCUCUCCUUGUCGUUGUUGUCUCGUCACUUACCCGAGCAGCCAGACGCCGUACCACUCGGAUGGCAGGUGUGGGAAGGGUGGCGUCUUCUGUGGGUGGGCCAGCAGGUGGUCGCUCAUCCGCGGCACCGCCAGCAGGGUCCUUGGGGGACUGCCGCCGUGGCUCUUCGGGGACGCCUCGCCCUCUGCCUGCAGAGGGCGGUGUGUGAACGGCUUGGAGAUGUCGACGUCAUACCGGGGCUCGUAGAAGAAGGGUACAGAGUAUCGCUCCUGACGCAAGUCCACGACUAAAGAGACACCACCAACGAACCACAGGCAGAUCGACAUGCCGCUCUCUCCUCCCCAGUGUUGUGUGUGUCGCUACCUACCACACCCACCCACCUCUGUGUCUGGUUGCCUUGAAGCGCCCUCCACUCAGCUUGGCCAAGGUAUCCCCGAUAUUGACCACCAGCACGUCUGGCCUCGGCGGCACGUCGACCCAUCUGCCGUCGCCUGUCAGGAUCUGAAGGCCCUUGAAGUCGAAGGUCGCCAAUAUCGUCAGGAAGCCGGAAUCCGUGUGCUCGGAGCAGUGCAGCACCGGCUCCCCCUCCGUCGCUGCGGCCUCAGCAGAAGUAUCAGCAGCGGCAGGGGGUCUGUAAGGGUAGUGGAUGAGGCGGAGAGUCGACAGAGGCAGCGGCUCGAACAGCGGCAGGAAGUAGUCACUCGGAAGGCCCAGCCCGACGGCCAGGACACUCAUGAUGGCGUGGCUCGCCCUCUGCACCACGGCCAGGUGGUCACUCAGGGUCUUGCUGAAUGCUACAGACUCUGCACACACACCACACCACACGGGACAAACAGAGAUGCAACCACGUAGGCAGAGACACAUACAGAAGGACGCCCACCUGGCGUGUCUGCUUGUGGGAGGAGGUUGGGCUCGUAGAGGUGCUUGAGUGGCCAUGGGGGCAGCUGGUGCUGCAGCUCUGCAGGCACGUCGAUGCCGAUGUCGAGACCCUCCUUGUAUGACGUCGUCUUGCUCUCGUUCGCUGCCGGCUGGCAGGGGAAGUACCCCUUGUAAAUGUUGGGCUGUUUCGGGUUGAAUCGACGCUUGCCUGGGGAUAGGCAGCCAUCGAAGGCACGUGUCUAUGCCUUGUGUGCCUGCCAGUGGCCACAUUUGCGUGUCUGUUACUUACCAAUCUUGAGCUUGUCUUCCAAUGGCGAGUCGAAGAACCACUUGGCUGCUUCCAGAAGCCUCCUCUCGUCAUAACCUGGGGACACACAAACAACCACUCUCUCGCUGUCUGGCUGUGUUGUGUGACUGUCUGCCUGACCCACUCACCUGGUAUGUUCUUGAUGGCCAAGAAGCCGACGUGUUCCAUUGCGUGUAGGACAUCGCGAGAGGCCGCUGCGUGUCCCUCAGGCGACUCGAGGAGCGACAGGUCGAUGGUUGGAAUGGAACCCGUCAUUUUGACUCAGAGGAGAGAAGAACAGAGGACAGAAGGCAGGUUGUAGAGGAGAAGAGGACAGAAGUAGGCGGCUUCGUUCGUCCUUUGGGGUUGUUUGUUGUCUUGAGCCCUCC